AAAACAGGGCGUCUAAACUAGUUAAAAGUCUACCUUCCAUGUUCAAGCUCAGGAAGCGCUAUAACAGAUGCUGGUGCUGUGGACAGCGCACGCAUGAAGCAUGGACAGAUAACCAGAGGGAGCUCAGCCACCCAUCUGAGAUUCAGCAUCUCCACGAGAGAGCACCAAUGCCCCCCUCUCUCUCGAAAAAUAGCGGUCAAUGAACGCAAUUCAUUGACUUCGCUGGCACGGAUCUUUAUUUUUACGCAUUUCCAGUUACACUCAAGCCUAUAGCGUGUUAUUCCUCCGCCUGCGCAGUUCAACAACAAGAUCACAGACGGGCAGAUGUGAAACAGACCCGAGAUUGAUUGUGAUGAACGAGAAACAACAAAAUUGCCCCGUAUCGAGGGUUUAUGUGGGAAGACGUGGCGUGCAUCUGGGAAGUAACUUUAGCAGCCGGAGAAUCCUGAACCCUGCAUAGUUUACGUGGAAGCAUUAUUUCAUCGCUGACGUCCCAUUUUCAGAACCUUGGACAACGACGAGCACGUUCCACAGUGCGACACGCUGAGGAAAAAAGGGGAUAAUAGACGAAUAUUUCUAUAUUUACCUAUUCUUCUUGUUCUAUAUCUACAUUUAUCACCGCGAGGAAGACGUAUUGAUUAAUUCUGUAUCUAAAGACCCGGUAAUAAUCAAGGCAACAUGGGAACUGUACUCUCAGUCUCCCCAAGCUAUCGAAAGGCAGGCCUGUUUGAUGAAAUACCACCCCCUCUGGCACAUUAUACAGCUGUGCAGAACAGUAAAAACGCCAAGGACAAGAGCUUGAAGCGUCAGUCGCUCAUCAAUGUCCUGCCAUGGAAGCGCAUCGUGGCAGCUUCGGCCAAGAGAAAAGGUUCUAAGAAGCUGGCCUCUGGGGACAGUCAAGAUGAAGAGAGCGUGGGCACCCUCAACAGCCAAAACCUGAAGAAGUCCCAGUCCUGUGCCAACCUCUCCGGCUUCACCCAGGAGCCGGCCGUGAGCUCCAUUCCCACAUCGAAAACCACCGCCAAUGUGGCCUCCACUGUGAAGAGGACCUCCAUCACUGGAUCGGUGGGCCAAGCGACCAAUGCAGGCACACCCAAAAGAGUGAUCGUGCAGGCUUCCACCAGCGAGCUCCUGAGGAGCCUGGGCGAGUUCCUGUGCCGACACUGCUACCGACUGAAGCGCCUCUCCCCAGCCGACCCUGUUCUGUGGCUGCGCAGCGUGGACCGCUCCCUUCUGCUGCAGGGCUGGCAGGACCAGGGCUUCAUCACCCCGGCUAACGUAGUCUUCCUCUACAUGCUCUGCCGUGAGGUCAUUUCGGCCGAGGUGUCCAGUGAGCGCGAGCUACAGGCCGAGCUGCUCACUUGCCUCUACCUGUCCUACUCCUACAUGGGAAACGAGAUUUCAUACCCGCUCAAGCCCUUCCUGGUGGAGACGGAUAAGGAUGCAUUCUGGAAUCGCAGUCUGGCGAUCAUCAACCGCCUGAGUAGUAAAAUGCUCCAACUUAACUCUGACCCACACUACUUCACGCAGGUUUUCUCUGACCUGAAAAACGAAAGUCAAAAGGAGGAGGAGAGCCGGCUGCUUAUAGGCCUGGAUCGAUAAGUAAGGCGCUUGUGCAUAAACAGAAAAAGAAUGUGCAUAAAAAGUUUGU